GGCUAGGAUUCCGAAACGGUGCUGUAUACUGCAUGGCUGACAUGGUGUGGCAGUCUGGUGCGGUUGCGUUGGCGGGCCUCGUAUUGCGGAACCCGGAAGUAUCCGAGGAGCUUCUUGCUUUCGGGCUCAGCUCCUUCUCAAUCAAUGUAACCUCCCCGUCGAGCUUUGGCACGAGCUUCACGGAAACGAUAAGAUAGGCUGACAGGCCGAUAAGUCAAUGAGCUGAAACGAUCAGCCUGCCAGAAUCCACACACUGCUCGCGGACGUAAGCUUCCCGGGUCUGGAUGCCGUUUCAAAUACGGUCAUCAUGCCCACCGCACUGUCUCCCGAGCGGCCAAGGACGGGAGUCACUCGCCUCACCGGUGGUCGCUUGGUGAAGGGAGAUCGCCUUGUCGAGGAAGACCUCUGGAUAUCGUCAGUGACCGGUCGCAUCUUGCGCAGCCAGGAAGUCUUCUAUGAGCACUUCGUCAUACCCGAUGAGACGAUAGACCUUAAGAAUAAGAUCCUCUGCCCUGGUUUCAUAGAUGUGCAAUUCAAUGGGGCGUUCGGCUUCGACUUCUCCACAGUGCCGGAGGACUUGACUGACUACCAGAAGGGCUUGAAGAGAUUUAACAGGCACUUGGUCCGUACAGGCGUGACGAGCUACCUACCUACUCUACCAAGUCAGAACGCGGACGUGUAUCACAAAGUGUUGAGAUAUCUGGCACCAAGUGGAGGCUCGCGGAAUGCGCUCGAAGGCUCGGAAUCGCUUGGUGCACAUUGUGAAGGUCCCUUCAUAUCACCGACGAAGAACGGUAUUCACAGCCUAGAGGUCCUGCAGGAGGCGCCCAACGGCUUCGCAGACCUUGAGACGUGCUAUGGCGCUGGAAAUCUGAAUCAUCCGGCUGAAGAGUCACGAUCGCCCGUCACCAUGAUCACGGCGGCUCCGGAAAUUCAUGGCAUUUCUACGUGCAUACCAGAGGUGACGAAGCGAGGAAUACGGUUCGCUAUCGGUCACACUGAAGCCAGCUACGAGGAAGCAAGCGAGGCAAUCCAUCUGGGCGCUACGAUGAUCACGCAUCUCUUCAAUGCCAUGCGACCACUACACCACCGCAACCCGGGCAUUUUUGGCGUGCUGGGCAAAGCGGAAGGAAGAGAGCGCCCAUACUUCGGCGUGAUCUCAGACGGCAUUCACCUUCAUCCGACCACUGUCAAGAUCGCAUGGAACGCACACCCGGAAGGCUUCAUCCUAGUCACAGAUGCUCAAUACACCGCCGGCCUACCCGACGGAGUUUAUCCGUGGACGAACAAUGACCGCUGGGUCAAGAAAGGUCACUUGUUGACGAGAGAGGGCUCAGACACCAUUGCUGGCAGCUCCGCGACACUGAUUGAAUGUGUGAGCAACUUCUGGGCUUGGUCUCACGCGUCGAUACCGGAAGUCAUCCGUGCAGUGACCGCGACGCCGGCGGAGAUGCUAGGCUUGAAAGGGGUCAAGGGCACGCUGGACGCCGAUGCCGACGCCGACUUGGUGGUGCUGGAUGCGGUUGAAGACGCAGAGGGUAACAGAACGCUCAAGGUGGAGCAGGUGUGGAAAUUUGGAAUGCUCGUGAGUGAUGCGGCAGACGAAUCUUUCGGGCUUUAGCCACCACGAUCUUGUUGCGACGCAUUCCAUCGUUGAGCGUAGGCGCUGGUGGUGUUGCAGUAUAGAAGUAGACAUGAAAACGAUAAGACGACUGAACGUAUCGAUUGUUCUCCGGCAACUCGGAGCUGUUGUUG